AUGAGUACUUGCGUUUUAGUUGCUGGUGCUAGUGGAUAUAUUGGUAAACACAUUGUUCAACAUUUAAUCAACAAGAGUUAUUCAGUUAUUGGUCAAGUUCGUACUGAAGAAAAAGGCGAUCGUUUAAAGUCAUUAUUAAAUUCACCAAAUUUCAAAUAUGUUGUAAUUGAAGAUGCUGAAGAAAAAGGAGCAUUUGAUAAAUUAUUCAAAGAACAUCCAGAAAUCCAAAUUGUAAUUGAUUCCGCAAGCCCACUUCCCAUUGGGACUAAUUAUGAGAAAAGAUUAAUUAAACGUACCGCUAAGGGAGUCAAAGCUAUCCUUAAAUCCAUUGAAGAUCAUGCUCCAAAUGUUAAACGUGUUGUUUUAACAAGUUCAGUUGCUGCAUGUAUGAAUGCAGAGCAAGCACAAGAUCCGAAUUUUAUAGUUGAUGAGCAUAAAUGGAAUCCAGAUAAACAUUCAGCAGGGAAAAAUAAUGCCAAAAGUGCAUAUUUUUACGCUAAAGCAAAUGCAGAACGUGAAGCUUGGGAAUAUAUGAAGAAGAAACGUCAUUUUACAUUAUCUACAAUUUUACCAGGUUUUACAUUUGGUCCACAAUGUUUUGAUGAAGAUAUAAGUGAUAUCUUUGAUACUUCAAUUGAAAUGAUUAGAAAUAUUUUUGAUUUACAUCAAGCUGAUCCUGUACCUGAUGAAAAGGGGUUAUUUGUAGAUGUUCGUGAUGUUGCUCAGGCUCAUAUUGAUGCUUUUGAAAAAGAUGAAGCUCAAGGUAAACGUUUAAUUAUGGCUAGUGAAGAUUUUUCAGGUCAAGAAAUUAUUGAUAUCUUACAUAAGAAUUAUCCUUCAGUUACUACACAAUUACCAACUGGCCAUCCAAAUAAAGACUAUGCAAAUUUGAAGUUUGAUAAUCAUGAAACUAUGGAAAUUUUAAAUAUACCAUGUAGAUCAUUAGAAUCAAGUAUUAAAGAUGAAUAUGAUCAAUAUUUAAGAACUCACGGAAUUAUCUCAUAG